AUGUCUCAAUUAUGUUCGAUAAAUAAAUGCACCCGUGUAUCACGUGGGCUCUGUGAUUGUUGUCAACAAAAUAUUUGCUUACAACAUUUAAAUGAACAUAACGCCUUACUCAUUUCUCAACUGAAUCCUUUGACUGAUGAUAUUAAUGCGCUGGGAUAUCGUCUUCAAACAUUCAGCAUUCAGAAAACAAAUCACAAUGGUCGUGAAAAACUUGAACAGUGGCGUCAAGAUUGUUAUAAGAAGAUUGAUUAUUUAUUUGAACAAAAAUGUCAAGAACUCGAUCACACUGUUAAUGAACAAGUUAGCAAACAACGAGAAGAACUCGAUCGAAUACACCUGAAAAUAACUGAACUUAUCAAUGCACAAGAAGCAACUCGACAAGAUAUCGAUUUAUUGAGAUCAACUCUUCAUCAGCUGCAAGAAAAUAUGAAUGAAAUCGAACAAACAUGUUUUACGAUCAAUACUCGUCCAUUAUUAAUAGAUGACACGUUCAUUUUAAUUAAGAAAACCCCUGAACAUGAACUUGAUCUAUCAACUCUGUCGCCUGUCGACAGAACAAUUCAUCGUCCUGAAGGAAGUUUUCGAUCAUUUACUGGCAAUGAUCGACACUUAUUGAUACAUCAACAUCCAAAUUUAUGUUUACUUGAUCGUGAAAUGAAUGUGGUCAAACAAACGUUUUGGCUUUACGGUGUGAUUCAGGACAUGUGUUGGUCGUCAACACUAGAUCGUUUCAUUGUACUUGGAAAAAGUAACAUUUUUCUCAUUAACGAAAAUACAAUGUCAGUUGAUAAUGUACACACAAUCACAGAGAGAUAUUGGCUAUCUUGCACAUCUUCUGACUCAGUUCUGUUUACAUGCACAAAUGAAUGGGGUUCAUCUAUUAUGGAAUUCACAUUAUUCCCAGUAAUCAAAUUGAUAAAAGAAUGGAAAUAUCCAGUUACAUGUACCAUAGAUGAAGGUAUCGUUGAUGUUGCUUACAAUAACGGAAAUCUUGCUGUGAUGGUUUGCAACAAAUCCGAGAAAUCGCUAUGUAUUGGGUUGAGGUAUGCAAAGACGUUCGAUCCAAUUUGGACACUUUUCAUUGAUACUACUUGCGUCCAAAAUAUAGCAUUUCGUUGUUGUUCACUCAGUUGUAAUGAGUGGCUCAUUGUUGACUAUGAGACUGCACGUCUGCUACAGAUUACAAAAGAUGGAAAAGUAAAGAAAACAAUAAAAUACCAUUCGGCUCCCUACCGUGCUAUUCUAUUCGAUCUAAAUAAGAUAGCUAUAUCGACUAUUUGUGACCUAAAUCUACAUACAAUUCAAUAA